AUGGCAUUGGCACUGCAGAGCCAGUCUCAUUCCACUCAAUCCCAACGGGCCGCCGAUCCCGGCAGUGGCAACUCCGCCUCUGUCGAGACUGGGGAGAAUUGGGCUGGACUGGGCGAUCCCAAGGAGCGCCGCAAGAUACAGAAUCGGAUUAACCAGCGCGCUUUCCGACAACGGAGACGCGAGCUUCAAAAGAAAACAACCAUCCAGGACCAGAUCGAAGAAAUGAUUGCCAAGGGUGAAGUCACCCUCCUCCCGCGAUCGUCACAAUCCACAUCAUCCACAUCAGCAGUAUCACCUUCAUCCACCACAAGCAGCAACAGCCCAAGAGCCGCCACCUGGGAGCGCAGGAUGUGUUUUCUCGGCGAUGAAAUCGACAAACUUCUCGAGCGCUUCAGCCACAGUGCCGUUGAAAGCUAUGUUCUUGGGUCCCCGGCCGCAGACCACCUUCUAAUCCUCUGCAAAGUCAACGUCUUCCGCGCCUUCAUCAGCAACAUGCACACUCUGGGAAUGUCGCCGGGUCCCGAGUGGAUGGAGGAUGAUGCGCUAUCUCCGUUUAGCACCGCUCUCCCGGGGUAUAUAUCGGAGGACAAACUCCCGGUCAGUCUCCGUCCUACAUCGAUUCAAUCUUCGACGCUGCAUCACCCUUGGUUGGAUUUCUUUCCGUUCCCGCGGAUACGGGACAAUUUGAUAAACGCAGGGGAUUUUGAUGACCACCCGCUGUGUCUUGAUGUCAUGGGGUUCUGGAAUGUGACAGAUGAGGCUUGUGGGCUGUUAGUGUGGGGGGAGCCUACCGACCCUGGGAACUGGGAGGUGUCAGAGAACUUUAUACGGCGAUGGCCGUGGGUUGUUGCGGGGUGCCGUGAACUGCUAUGGUCGACGAACCGAUGGCGCAGCUCUCGCGGGGAGAAGAUGAUAUUCCGGUACCUAUAA